AACAAGAAAAUUCGGUUGGCAAAAACUAUGCCGUUUUGUUGUCCCUCUCAGCUGCCUUAGGCUUCUUAUCUCUUUCUGUGUGUCUCCCAUACCAUUGAAAACAGUGUGCACAACAUGAACACGCUAAUCCCAACGUCUCUCUGCAACACCAAAAUUACAAGGUUCCGUUUCAUUCCAAUCCUCAGAAACAGCUUGUCCCAUGCUCAAGCUCGCACCAAAAGCUUCAAAAUACAUGCCAGUUCCAGUGAAGUAGAUGCACAAACAGUAGAGGAACCCAAGGAAGAGACACAAGCAGAACCCACUGGAGCAAGCAAGUCCUCCACCGCUGCUCCUCUUGCAUUAGACAAAGACCUUAAAAAGGUUGCUCAAAAGACUGCUGCAACCUUUGCACCAAGGGCUUCCACUGCUACCAAAAACCCUGCUGUACCUGGAACUGCCUUGUACACUGUUUUUGAAGUUCAAGGUUAUGCCUCAAUGUUGUUAGGUGGAGCUCUGUCUUUUAAUCUCAUCUUCCCAUCAAAUGAACCGGACCUAUGGAGACUAAUGGGAAUGUGGUCUAUUUGGAUGUUCACAAUUCCUUCCCUCCGAGCCCGAGACUGCUCAAAGAAUGAGAAAGAGGCUCUUAACUACCUGUUUCUCCUCGUCCCAUUAAUCAAUGUUAUAAUUCCAUUCUUUUGGAAGUCCUUUGCAGUUGUCUGGUCUGCAGAUACUAUAGCCUUCCUUGGAAUGUAUGCAUGGAAAUUUGGGUGGCUGCAGAGAACAGACUAGGAAGUCAAAUUGAUGGCUGCCUUCAGUUGGAUAAUAAUCUCAUCACUGUCAUGGAUUCUCAAUUUUAUAACCUUGUGAUGCAUGUCUGACAUGAAAUUUAUUAAAGCCUACCAUUGCCCAACUAGCUAUCAAGAUGAAGAUGAUUUGUGAAUUAACAGGGCAGCAGGAUUGCCUCACCAAGGCGAAUGAAACAAGAUACCUUCCUCUUUCUUCUAAACAUGUAAUGAUAAAUAUAUACCAAGUUACUGUGAAUGCUUCAAAGUUUGGGAUCUAGGAAAAAUUUUCAUGUUUUUUCUACUUGUUCUCUUCUUCCCUUUUGUUCAUGUUUAGGAUGUAUAUGGUUCAAAGUUCAUAUGGAAAAACUAAUUAAUGAUAAAUUUGUAUAU